AUGUGUAAAAUCUCAUUAUGGCCCUGGUUAGCCAUAGCAUGGAAAUGGAGGCUGGUCCUGGCGUUGAGCUUGCUAUUUCAGAACUGUUGCGUCAGUCCCGUACAGUUAAGUGGUUCAAGAGCAAGCGAUGGAAGUGGCGGCGGCAGCAGCAGCAGCAGUGCUAGUUCUGGAGCGGCAGGAGGCUUGACAGUGGCAACCAGCAGGAACUCUUUUCUUCCAGGCAAAACACAACUGAACGAGGAGGCAAUCGAGGAUUCUCUACAAACUAUUCACGACAUAGCGACCGAGAAUUUGGGCACGCUAUGUCUCACCAAGCUGUUUCGACCACUGCGGAUAACGCUAAAUCCGGAACGUUACUCCGGUGCUCGCCAGAAGGCAGAUCUGGCAGCGGUAGUUUUGCAAGACGUAGGAGUUGCCCGACACAACGGUCUCUUGGACGCACUAGCAAAAGGUUUACUAUCGGAUCCGCAUGUAACGAGUGCCAGAAUCCUUUCGAUCAACAUCUCCGACGGAAUCAUAACGAACUCCGUUUGGUGGGACAAACCCACGUCUGGUAUGACGGGUCCUCUCCGGAUAGACGAAGAAGGGAUUGCUGUUGGAAAAUCUCCCGAUCAUAGUUACCCUUGGUUCGAAGACGAAUCUUCUUCUCCGGGACUACGGUCGCCAAAGUUUGCUCCUUCACCCCUGAACAUAUCGUAUCGAGGCUGGUGGACCUAUCCUUACUAUUCGUGUAACCACAAACGAUGGAUUCUGUCCUACAGCGUUGCAAUACCACCGAUGGGAAGGCAUGGGUUGCGUGGUUUCCUCAGCAUCGACAUUGACAUCUCCGACCUGCACGUAAACCAGUGCGAAAAUCCAAACAAGUUGGAAAUCAUGAGCUACAACCACCAUCUAAGACAAUACUAUCCGUUUGUACGGAACAUCAAACUGAGCGACGAGGAUCAACUCAAUCAGAUAGAAGUUUUCCACGGGUCGCACAAAUGCCAUGCCCACAGCAUGCGCUGCGUGUACCGGCCGGUGCUAGUCAAUGUUCCAACGGCAAAAGUCGUCCAGGGCUGGACUCGCGGAGCCUACGAGUGUAAGUGCAAGGAUGGUUUUUACUCCGCCCCUCACCCGAGGGGAUUCAAUGGCAGCAUCAUGGAGGUUGCCUUCCAGGAGUACAGGGACAACAUCAGCACCUACUAUAUGGAUGUUUUCAUAUGCGUUCGGUGUGCUCCCGGUUGUGGAACGUGCACUGGUCCCGAGGCGUGUCUAGCGGUUUACAAUUGGGUAUUUAGGACUACGCUGCUAACAUUCUCGGUGAUGUGCGCCGGUUUUACCGUAGUUCUCGCACUCUACAUGUACCAGUACCGUAAGGUCAAGGUAUUCAAAGUGGCCAGUCCAAUUUUCCUGACCAUCACCCUGCUGGGUUGUGCCUUCAUGUAUUUAGAGAUGGCUGCCAUCUUUCCAAUUCUGGACACUUACUCGUGCAUUGCCACAAAGUGGACACGUCAUAUGGGCUUCUGCGUAACUUACACCGCCCUGCUAAUGAAGACCUGGAGGGUUUCGUUGACCUAUCGCGUUAAAUCAGCACAUAAAGUUAAACUUACGGAUAAGCAACUGCUCCAGUGGAUGGUUCCAAUACUUUUGGUGAUGCUAAUUUUCCUGGGUACCUGGACCCUGUCGGCGCCACCAUUCGCAGAGAAGAUUGUCGACAAGAACGGGCUAAUAUUCAAACAAUGCUCGUACAACUGGUGGGACCACAGUCUGGCCAUCGGGGAGGUGCUGUUCCUAGCCUGGGGCAUCCGGGUGUGCUACAACGUACGCAAUGCUGAAUCACUGUACAACGAGGCGCGGCUCAUUUCGUAUGCCAUCUACAAUAUCGCGCUGGUAAACACCACCAUGGUCGCAUUUCACUUAUUUAUCUUUCCCCAAGCGGGGCCAGAUAUUAAAUACCUGUUGGGUUUCAUUCGAACUCAGCUUAGCACAUCCGUAACGAUAGCACUGGUAUUUGGCCCGAAAGUCCUACGGAUACUGCGAGGACAGGGAGAUCAGUGGGAUCAGCGGGCCCGGAAACGGGGCAUAACCGCAUCGUUUUCGCUCAACGGCAUCGGACUGGUCCCCGAGGAAACCGCAGAUUUGUACCAGGAGAACGAAGAACUGAAGGAAGAAAUUCAGAAACUCGCUGCUCAAAUUGAAUUCAUGAAGAUUGUUCAUAUGGAAAUGAACAAUCGCCACCUCAAGCCGAAACCGGGUGGCUACUUUACACUGAAGAGCCCCCUCGGGAAAAGCAUCGGUGGCAGUGGACUGCACUCGUCCUACAAGCAUAAACAUCCGCCGAAGGAGGAUUCGCUCAAGGAAAACAGUGGGAUCACCGAGGACGGACACAGCGGCAGCAACAGCUGCUACUCCGGGACGGCCAAUUCGAUAGGCUACCCAUCAUCACUGCAGCAGCAGCAGCAACAGCAGCAGCAGCAGCAGUCACAAUCUAACGGAACCGAAAGGGUAUGA